CGCACUGACAUUCGUGACUGGAAUAAUUCCCGCGUAAACUGUGAUGUAAACAAAUAGAAACAAAUUACGUUUUUUUAUUAAAAAUUUUUACGUUUUAGUAAAUGUAGUGAUGACAAUGAGCGUUCUAAGCUCGAUUGUAAGAAGACAAUUGGGCUUGGAGAAAUCAUCAUAUUAUGAUGUAGCUUUACAGCGUCUCAAGUGUUAUAGUGACGAUGUGUAUCGUGGAGUAACGCCAAAUCCAGAUUCACGUGAUUUUAGUGCCGAACCACCAAUUUGUGCCUCGCAAUUUUGCCCCGUUAAUGGUUACGAGCACUUUUUGGCUCUUGCCAAUGACGAUGGGAAUAUUGCCCUUCAAGAUACGACACAAAAAGGCCGACCACACGAACAAUUACAGGGCUUUGGGGCCCAUCGAAAUGCAAUUUUUGAUUUGGCAUGGAUGCCAAAUGAAUUGAAACUAGUGACAACGUCCGGCGAUCAUUCGGCACGACUAUGGGACGUUUCCACCUCGGAUUUUAAAUUAAUUCAAACAUUUCUAGGACAUACGCGUAGUGUAAAAAAUGUUGUUUUCAGAACUGACGAUAAUGCGGUUUUUGCAACCGGAGCACGAGAUGGAGUUAUCAUGAUUUGGGAUAUUAGGGCAAAUCACAGUACAAAUGCAAAACCAGAUAAUUCAAUUAUGAAUGCACAUGCAACGGGUUCUGGUACAUCGAAGGGUCGGAAAUCUUUUACACCCGCAUCGCGAACACAAAGUAUUACUGGUCUCGCUUUUCAGGAUGAUUCCUCUCUUAUAUCGUGCUCUGCAGCCGAUGGAUUGAUAAAAGUGUGGGACUUGAGGAAAAAUUAUACAGUUCAUAAAAAGGAUCCUGUUGCGAAGCAUAUUUUAAAAUAUACUGGUGGCAGUGUUUUGAAUGGAUUCACAUCAUUAAAGAUUUGUCCCUCGAGAGUGAAACUUUAUGCCAGUUGUCAGGAUAAUACGAUUUAUACUUACAAUAUCUCGUCUUAUAAUCCGGAACCAACCGCUGAAUAUUUUGGUUACGAGAACAAAUCAUUUUUCGUGAAAAUCUGCCUCAGUCCGGAUGGCAAAUAUUUAUUGAGUGGCUCGAGCGACACGUACGCAUACCUUUGGCGAACAUCUAAACACGGGAGUCCUUUGGUUCGCCUGACUGGACACGCAGCCGAAGUGACUUGCAUCGACUGGUGUAGUGUUGGCGAAACAAAGAUUGUGACUUGCUCCGACGAUGGUUGCCACAGAAUUUGGAGAGUCGGCUACGAAAAUCGGGAGGACGAUCAGAGGCACGAUCUUCAUGGUCAGGCGGAAGCAGUUCCGGCUUCUGCAAUUUUCAUGCAAAGAACGCCAACAACUCGAAAACGACGAUUAUCUAAUCACGAUAAAACCCCGUCGUCGAUAAACGGUCGUGGAACCUCGGAGGACCGCGUUCUCAGCUGUGACUCAUCACAAGAAAAUAAACCCAGCAACUCACAGAAACGAAAUUACACCGAAAUGUCAUCAGCAACGGGCAGUAAAAUCGUCCUGUCGCCAAUUUUAGAAAAUUGUGAAUCGACCGCAAAGCGAAUUCAUUUAGAGACACGAGGCGCUCGCCGCCUAUUCAGUCCGGACAAUAAAAACACAGAUUUAAAAUUAGAACCCGAUGAACCCGCACCGAGUACAUCGCGACAAGCGGACAUUUGUGAAAUGCCAUUCUCGCCAACGUCGAAUCUACCGAAUUUCGUUAUCGACGGCACAGCGCCCCAUUUAAAUGAAUCGUCGCCCCGCAAAUACAAAGAGAAUCUCGAUUGGCUGACAAAAAUUCGCAAAGAAAAGGAGCAAAGAGCGAAAGGUUCCGCUGAAAAAACGAGUCCAAAGGCACAAGUAACACCCGCUAGACGCUCGAGUCGAUCGAAAUCAACAGAAUUACGUCGAACACCACGAAGUCCAGCGGGACCGUUACUCAAUUUUUUCCGCUCAUCAACAAAUAAAGAAUGCGAAAGAACAAUUCAAAACAAAGACGAUACAACACCCGUUAAAAAAAUGAGAAAGCAAUAAUUUUGUUUGCCUUUGACAACUAAGCAGUAUUUUUUUCUUUUUUAAAUUAAACGACAAACUAGACUAAAAAUUGUCUCGUUAAUACUUGUAGAAAGACUUCGUAUCUUUAAUGUUUUUUUAUCAACUACUGUCAUAAGUUAUAAAUUUUGUAUUUUUGUAAGAAAAACUUGAAAAGAAAUCAUGACAAAAAUGUAUUUUUAGUUUUUUGUCUUCGAGUGAAUGAUGAUUGUUUGUUGUGUGCCAUUUAGAAAGCAGAGCCUGCAGAGCGCCUGAAAUACUCAAAAUUCAAAUGCAAACAAAUCAAGUAUAAAAAAAAAAAAUGAAAAAAAGAGAACUUGAAAAUUGUUUCACUAAGUAAACGAAAAUAAAUUAUAUUUUAUGUGAAAAAUUUUUAUAACGAAAAAUAAAGUUUUUAUAUAAC